AUGGUCAGUCGUCCCAAGAAAUACCUAUGCUCUUUUGAAGGGUGUGACAAAGCGUACAAUCGCCCGGCACUCCUACGACAACACGAGAGAACACACACCAAUGACAGACCAUUCAAGUGUCUGGUUGAUGGAUGCGACAAGUCCUUUUUCCGGAAGUCACAUCUCAAAGUUCACCAGCAUUCCCAUCAGGAUGAUGACGAGAAGCCAUUCAAAUGUCUGAUAUGUGGGAAAGGUGCCAUAUCGCCUCAGCUACUCCAGCGGCAUGAGCUCACACACACAAAGAAGUACAAAUGUGACUACGAGGAUUGCUCUCAAGCAUUUUACCAUUACCAGUCUCUCAAACAUCAUGUCGAUAUUGAUCAUAAACAGAUCCUCACGUGUGAUAAGUGCAACAGGCGAUUCCAGAGGCCGGUGCUACUUGCUGAGCACAAAGCAAAGCAUCAUGGCGAGACAAUGGAGGUUGAACAGUGUGAUUUUCCGGGCUGCUUUCUGACGUUUAAGUCGUUGGCAAAGUUGGCUGAGCAUAAGAGAAAGGAACACCCUAAGUUGAAGUGUGAUGAAUGUGGAGAGAUAUGUGUGGGUGAAAAGGCCAUGAAAACUCAUAGAAUUAUUCAUGGUGACAAGGCGACAACCUUGGAAAAAUGCGACUUGUGUGAUGGAGGAUUCGUAAGCCAUGAUGAUUUAGUCAGGCACCAAACCGAGGUCCAUAAGGAUGCCAAUGCAGAAAAUAUUGCAAACGGUGAUUUGGACGUGUCAACAGUUAAGCCGUCUUCUCUUAAAAGCAUGUUGCGGGAUCCAGACUUCAAUGCUGACGUGGACGAGGAGGAUAUGCAAAAACCUGUUCGUGGAAGACCGAAGUCCGCAAAAGAACCGUCCGAAGUCUCAUUCGACUCAUUGGGAUCGGUCAUUGAUAUUGUGCUGGGGAAUGUGACAAAAACCUAUGUGUGUCCCAGAGAGAGAUGCAAGCGAAAAUUUGUUAGACACCAUGCCUACUUGAAGCAUCUCAAGUGGCAUAAAGUACAAGUGCAAAAAGCUGAAGCGUAUUUGAAAAGCCUAGAAGAGAAUGAUGAUGAAUAUCUUUCUGAGCUGGAUAACUUCACGGACUAUUCGGACUCUGAAGACAUGUUCCAGGAUGCAAGAAUGACUAUGCCUGGUAUGGACGAAGAUACAAACGAAGAGAACAGAGCUGAAAAGGGAGCGAGUGUGGAGAACAAUGAUGUGGAAGACGAAAAUGAGGAGAACGCAAGCGUGAUGGAUACCAAAGAGGAGGAUACAAAUGUUGAGGAGGCAAUAGAGUUGGCGGAAGACACAAAUUUGGAAGAUGUGGAAGAACCAGAUACCUCCCCCAAUAUUGUCUCAAGAGACGUUCCAAGCGUAAAUUCUCAGGAAACUUCAGAGACCACAUCAGAAAGCGUCUCCAGCAAUAUAUUUCUCGAAAAGGAUUUAUCUCCAGGCACCGAAGAAUUGGCCAAGAAGCAAUUGGAGUUGGAUGAUCUCUUAUCUAUGGAGCUUGAAAAGUUGGACCUGAUUCCCGAUGAAUAG